CAACAAUUCAUUGGACGACCGAUGAGUCUGUGCGAUAGGAUGAAUAGACUGUGAACCGGCAUCCUGUCAGAUGUUUUAGUUAUACUCUGCUAUUUAUGCAGAGCCGGAAAAUUGGUCUUGACUGUCUCAACGAUGCCUGCGCUAUACAUUUACAUUUAAUCGCGCAUACUAUUACUGAGUGAUAAUGACAUGAAUCUGAGAUUCCAGUCUCCAAGAUAAACAUAACAAACACGGACGACUCGCCUCCAUUGAUAAGAUGUCAUGAAUUAUUAUUAAUAAUAUAUGAAGCCAGACCUCGGAUAAUACUAGGGCCGUGCCCUAGAAAAGACCCGGAGAAACGUGCGCUCUCCGGAUCCGCCCGGCGCGGCGUUCUGGCCAAUCGCCGGCCCACGGGUGACAACCGCCUGCUAUCUUUGGCAUCGGCCGCCGCCUACAACCACCACAACGCUAAGUCCUGAGUCGCGCCUGAGGCCGCGCUGCGACUCUCCUUCCUCCCCUCCCUUCUCUUUUCUCCCCCUCCUCUUCUGCAUGGGUGUCUUCUUGAUGGUUUGAAGGUAAGAAAGAAGUGAUCUAUUUCUUCUCUUCGUCUUUUCGACGGACUCCCUCUGCUGCUCAGGCAACUCGUGUGUUGCUCUCUAUAUCUGUCUACCAACCCCAGCCCUCGCUCGUCGCAUAGCCCUAUCGGUCGCUCGCCACCGUCUUCUUUCAACUGUUGCCCCACUGUGUGACAUCACCGCACGGCCACAAUCACCCCAACUCCCAGCAAUCAUGGCUCCCCAGACUGGCACUUCUAGCAUCGCUAUGGCUCUUGCCGGCAAGACCGCUUCUGUAGAUAUCCCCAAGCCUCGUGCUGGCUUUGUUUCUCGGAGAAUCCGGCGUCCCUCGCAUUCGGGACAGUCUGCGAUGCUGCCAACACCCCCUAACUCCAUCUCCCCAGUUCUUUCGCCCCAGGCGUUUAAGCAGCACAGCGCCAAUCUCGCCAUGUCCCCCAACUCGGCCUCCAUGGACUCGGAUAUCGACCUGCGGGAAGCUGAUGGCGCUGCUGACGGUCGAGACCAGCCGCACCAGUCUUAUCACGACCCAGACAGUGUCGGUGCGAUCACGCCUUCCAUGCUUGCGAAGUAUCAUCUGCCGGAGAUCUUGCUGCAGCAAGGCCCCCUGGCGAUUCGCAAUAUCAUGGGCUGCUUGACAACUUCGGUGCCCGGUUUCGCCAUGAUCCCACCCGCCAAAGCUCGGAGAGUAGUCGUUGCGGCCCUGGAAGGUCGUGGAAAUGGAGCUGAGGACGCCGGCCUCGGCGAGGACGUCAUAUUUGAGAAAAUCGGCUGGGGCCGUUGGGAUGCUCGUCGUCGCGGCGAGCCUCUGCGGGAUCGUCGGGUGGUGAAUGCGACCCCGCCUUCUAGUGUUCCCAGCUCCUUCCAGCAUCAGGGCUUAAAGAUACCCGUUAACCCUUGGCAGAGAAGGGACAACAUAGGUGCUUAUGGUACUACCAGUACUGCUGGUGAUUCGGCGUUCUUCUCGCAUUCUGAAAAGGACUACGGCGGACUGGAGGAUAUCAGCAUGCUUGAACACGAGGCAGACAAGAUGUCUCUCGACGGCGAUGCGCCCGGCUGCUGUUCCUCUUCGGAGGCACCCGACGACGUGCAGGAUGAGGAUUGGGAUGAAGGUGAUAUCACAGACGAGGAGGAUUGGGCAGCGAUCGGAGCUGCAGGACUUAGGGCACGGUCGUUGAACAGUGGAGGUGGUCUUAUGCAUACCAACUUCGGCCCACACGCAAAACUGCAGCCGAAGCUGCAUGGUGGUGGUCCGGCUACCUCUUCGCUGGCUAAGUCCGCGCCGCGCAAUAUUCCUUUUCAACAAAACGGAUUUUCUCUUCCAGACGGCGUCGUUGGUGAUAUAGAAGAGCGCGCCGCGAUCGAGGCGCUUUUACGACUUGGCUCUAUGUGAUGUACUUGCGUGUUCAUCGGCGGGCGUUUUUAGGCAACUUGGUUUUCUUGUUCGCUUCAGACAUUCAACAUUUUGCGGUCAUCUCGGCUGGACCCGGACCGGAACAGGGCGGCGUUCAAGUCCAAGUGUAUACCGGUUUAUCAGACGUUCUUUUCGUUCAUUCGACUGGGUCGAAUAACUGGCAUUGAAAUUUGAGAAUUGGGCUUGGUUGGGGUUUUAGAAAGAUUCCCCUUAUGGCGUUUCGUUUGGCUUGGAAUUCAAUUACUUGCAGGGAGUCUGUUUAGGCCAUAGCGGCCGGCCACGCCUGUGGUAUUAUUUCGAUACCUUUGAAUAUCCUCCUCUACCUGGGUCAUACGGUCUUGUUUAUUAUGGUCACCCUUCCUCCAUGGCCUUGGACUGAGGAAGUUUUGUGCCAGUGACGACUUUUAUCUUGCAGGUUUAUCUUCUCUUUACUUUUUUUUUUCUUCGGGGAGCAUUCAUGCUACUGUCUCAUGGGCAACGUGAAGGGGUCAGACAUCCAUUUGGCAUUCUCUAACCGGCGAUAUUUCAUGCAUGGGAGGACAGUGGUUGGUCGUCUUCAGUGUACAGUACUGGCCGUGUUCUGCAGCUUUUCGUUGUGAGCUCUCGUCUUGCCCCGGUCAUCUUAAUUGAUUGCACUGGGUUUAGUUCUGCCAAUAUUAAUACCCCGGGCUUUCCUAUACAGCGUUUCUAGCCUAGAAGAUAUGAAUAGAUAUAUAUCGAACCAAGAAAAGCCAGCGACUGGCG